AAUAGCAAUGGUCGCUGAUGCAAAAUAUAAAAAUCUGAUAAUAUAAAGAGCAUCUUCUCGAUGUUUUUGUCUCUCCAUAUCUCGCCAUCACAGCCACCAUCACCACCACCGGCCGUGGCCACAGGAACGUGCUCUUGAAGGUGGGGUCUCUCUCUCGCCUCUAUCGGCAUGUCAUUCCUAUGCACAUCAUGAUAUAGUGCGAGAAUAUAAUGGCUUCUACAGGACCAAGGUCUAAGCUUGAGCAUUAGACAAGAGCUAGGCAUCAAAAGGAUGCCAUGUCUGUUGCAAGAAACAUAAUCAAGAAUCCAAAACUUGUUCCUGGUGGCGGUGCGACAGAGUUUAACAGUUUCUGCCACUUUGAAGCCGAAGAGUUCAUCUGUUGAAGGCAUAGAAAAGGAAUGCCAUUUUCGUUCUGACUAAAUUUACUGCAAAGAGCGAAGCUAAAUUCAGAUUUUCAAACCCCUUGCUGACUGUAGCCAUCUCACUCUGACUCUCUUUCUCUCAGCUCCCCAGUAAAGGCAUUUUUCCUUUAUUUUCCACCACUUUCUAGGCAGCUUUCCUGGAAAAAAAAUCUGUAUCAGUUGAGGGCACAGAACAAAGCAAAAACAGUGCUGAGCUUCAAAUCCUUUCUCCUUCCUUUGGAACUUGGAAGCAGCUAUUUGAGAACCCUAUCUUCCCUCAAAAUGAACAAGAAGCAGCCGCUGCAAAUCAUUCAUAUUCCACCCAAUCCACCCGUUCCACCCACCCUCCAACCCACCGUGAAUGUUUAUGCUUCCCUUAUUGAACCAAGACAUGCCAAUACUCUUAUAAGAUGGCUUAAUCAGAUAGCUCCACUUCAAAAUCUCCAUCAUUUAAAGCGGAUUCACAAAAGGAAUCUUGAAGGGGGAAAACCAGAAUUAUCUGUUAUAUUAUGUUUAGCUUCUGAAAGUGAAACACAAUCCAACAGUAUGCCACCAGAUGUGCAAGAGAUUGUGAAUUCCUACAACUUGACUCCUUUUAUUACAAAAGUUAGCAAAUAUGCUGCAUUAUCAAAAGAGGAAUGGCAAGAACAGUGCAAACUAUGGCCAACCUCAUAUCAUCCACCAACCUACAAUAUUGAUGGCAUUACUGGGUUUAGUGAAGAGGAUGCUAAAUCAGUAUUCAGCUUUAUGAAGUCUACUGUAGAGUUGGCGAAAUCUGGUGAUCAUUUGGUCGUCAAUGCUGCUAUAAUUGUUGAUCCAUUAGUUAGGCAGAUAAUUGCAAGUGCAUGUGAUGAAGUCUGUUCUUGGCAUAUGCAAUCAAACAAAGCAAAGACUGAAGCCUGCUAUUUCAAACAGUUGGAAGCAUUCACUGCUCAUGCCGAUGCUAACAGGAUAGCAAGAGAUAUAAGUUUACUUUCAAAUGGAUCGUCCAACAAUCUCCAAAAAUGUUGCACUGCUGUUUCUUGUUUAAACCCUUGGCUGUGGGCUCAGAAAUUAAUGCAUAGAAGUCCUUCUUAUUGGCACCCAUUGCGACAUGCUGCCAUUGUUGCUAUUGAAGCUUCUGCUGCCAGGGACAGACAUUUGUUCCCUGGUUCUGGGCACAAUGGAAACUCUUAUGAAAUUGAUUGCACUCAUUCUUCUUCCUCAGUUUCUCCGGCAAAGAGACAAAGGAUCAACCUUGCAAAUGUCAAGAAUGGUGGAGAACAUGAUGCUCAUACUGAAGGUUCAAACUCCAUAGUGAGGCCUUAUUUGUGUACUGGGUAUGACAUCUAUCUUGCCUGGGAGCCUUGUACAAUGUGUGCCAUGGCUCUCGUCCAUCAAAGAAUUAGGCGCAUAUUUUAUGCUUUCCCGAAUACUGAAGCAGGUGCAUUGGGAAGUGUUCAUAGGUUACAGGGUGAGAAAAGCUUAAAUCAUCACUAUGCGGUUUUCAGGGUCGUUUUGCCUGAAGAAGAAGAAUUAAAGUAACUGAUGGGAAACGAGUGAUGUGCAACUGUGUAGUCGGGGAUUAAGGUGGUUGGGGUGCAAUGCAAAAGUAAAAUUCACUGCACUUGCAUGAACCUGAAUUUCCUCUUGAAAAAUUGGCUCUUCUGGUCUUUGCUGCUAAUGCGUUCAGUAGCAUUUUUUUUUUUUUUUUACAAUUUUCCAGAAAUUCAUCUUUUAUAAUAAUUACCUCCAAAGGUGAGUUGUUUGGAGAUGGAGAAAUUAAAAGAAAAAAAAAAAAUGGAAGCGGGCCACAUUGAGUGUGCUUCAACCAAAGAUUUAAUGUCUUGACCCACUAGACUUGAUCAAGUUUAAUGGACCUAUUCCUAGUUUUUUUAGAAAUAGCCAUUUUAUUUAUUUGUUCAUUAUUUGUUAUCUUUCAUCGUGUCUUUUAAUUGUAAUUAAAAAAAGUUUGAUUUAAUAAAUCAAAUGAAAAUUAACAAAA